GGGCGGGGCGGACGGCAGGCAAGAGCUGCGGAGCGUUGGUCGCGGGCGGAGGGGUCGUGGGCGUGGCGCGGGGCGGCGCAGGUCCCCUGGGAGGCGUGGGCGGACCCCGCAGGCCGAGGGGCGUCCAGGCGGGGUCUCGGGAGGUUUCGGCCCGGGUCACGGUGGCCAGGGGCGGCAGCGCGGAGGUUUAAGGGGAGAGCUGCCCGGCGGGGGCUCGGCCCCGAGCGGCCUGGGAGCGCGGGCGAAGCGGCGGCCUGUGCCUGCAGCCCUGGAGGCCAGAGCCGGCGGGCCCGGGAGCCAGCGAGGUCGCAGGACCCUGGAGGCCGGAGGGGAGGCUGUUGGGAGAACUAGCGUGCGACCGCAGGCUGGCCUGCGGGGCGGCGAGGAGACGGGAGGCCGCCCCGAGGGGCUGGGGACGAAGGCGUGAGAAGGCCGGCAGGCUUCUGGCUGCACCUCGGUGGCUCGGGCCCCACUCGCCCCUCCCACGUCCCCUCCCCCUCGUUGGGCGGGCUGGGGGCUGCAGGGCCUGUCCCGGGUGCGCUCUUCGCACCAGCGUGACCCGGGAAGCUGGGCCCCUGGAGCUGCCCCUGUCACCCGCCGGCGCCCGGCCCCACCGGGGCUCUGGCUCUGCCGGUUUUGGGGAGUGUGCGUGUACCCCUGGGCAGUCGGGCACGCGUUGGCUCGUGCUGCAGUGACCUGCCUCUGACCGGUUACUUCUACGGGCGAUUUUACUCGUGGCCACAGGUGGCCACUCAGGAACCCAUUUCUGCCGUUCUUCACCUGGCCACCCUCCACACCCUUGGGCCAUGGGAGUUAAUGGGGUGACUUAAUGACACUGAAUGGUUCUGAGUAGGGGUCCCCUUCCCCUGAGGGUGAGAGAGGGGAGGCCCAGGCCUGAGAUCCAGCUUCCCCAGGAUGGCAGCGGCGCUUCGGCUUCCAUCGCCCCAGAAGGCGGAGCCGCUGACCUUCCAGGAUGUGGCCGUGUACUUCUCUCGCGCGGAGGGGCGGCAGCUGGGCCCGGACCAGCGGGCGCUGUACAGGGACGUGAUGCUGGAGAACUACGGGCACGUGGCCUCGCUGGGACUCCCUGUCCCUAAACCAGAGCUGAUCCUCCAGCUGGAGCAAGGCAAAGAGCUGUGGGUCCUGGAUCUUCUGGGAGCUGAGGAGCCGGUGGCCUUGAGCAGCUGCAGAACAGAUUCUAAGAUUGGGACUGCGAAGGAACUAUUCAUUCUAAACCAGAAAUGUUCUGAAGAAGUAAAAGCCCCAGAAUCGACAUCAAGAAGAUUAUCAAGGGAUAACCCACAGGCACCCAAGUUGCAGGAAGCUUUGGGCUGUAAGAGUCAACUAGAAGGAUACCUGGGAAAUUCUGAUGGGCAGACUUUGAAGAAACCCCAACUUCUCGAGAGAGUUUUUAGGAAAGAAACUGUUAUGUGUAGGGCAAGCUGUCCAGGAGAAAAAAACCAGGAGAGUGGUGCAUUUGAUAGAAACUUGAAUCUGGGCCAAAAUGUUGUGAGACUUCAAAGAAAGAAAACAGGAGAGACAGCCUUUAAAUGUGGUACAUGCAGCAAAACCUUCAGAUAUAACUCAGACCUAACUAGGCAUCAGAGAAGUCACAGUGGAGAAAAACCUUAUGCAUGUGGUCAGUGUGGACGAGCUUUUACUCACAGCUCAAGCCUUAUUCUGCACCAUCGAGUUCACACUGGAAAUAAACCAUUUAAAUGUAAUGAAUGUGGGAAAACCUUUGGCCUCAAUUCCCACCUCCUCCUCCAUCAGAGAAUUCAUACUGGAGAAAAACCUUUUGGGUGCAGUGAAUGUGGGAAGGCUUUCAGUCGAAGCUCCACUCUUUUUCAACAUCGUAUAAUUCACACGGGAGAGAAGCCGUACAAAUGUAAUGAAUGUGGAAGAGCCUUCAGCCAGAGCCCACAGUUAACACAGCAUCAGAGAAUUCACACUGGUGAGAGACCCCAUGCGUGCAGUCAGUGUGGGAAGGCCUUCAGUCGGAGUUCAAGCCUUAUUCAACACCAAAGGAUUCACACUGGAGAGAAGCCCCAUAAAUGUAAUCAGUGUGGGAAGGCCUUCAGUCAGAGCUCCAGCCUGUUUCUCCAUCAUCGGGUUCACACUGGAGAGAAGCCCUAUGUAUGUAAUGAAUGUGGCCGAGCCUUUGGCUUUAACUCUCACCUCACUGAGCACGUCAGGAUUCACACUGGAGAAAAACCCUAUGUUUGCAAUGAGUGCGGCAAAGCCUUUAGUCGUAGUUCAACUCUUGUUCAGCAUCGGAGAGUUCACACUGGGGAGAAACCCUAUCAGUGCGUUGAAUGUGGGAAAGCCUUCAGUCAGAGCUCACAACUCACCCUACACCGCAGAGUUCACACUGGAGAGAAACCCUAUGACUGUGGUGGCUGUGGGAAAGCCUUCAGCCGGAGGUCAGCCCUCACUCAGCAUCAGAGAAUUCAUACUGGAGAGAACCCUCGUGAAAGCAGAAAAAGUGGCCCAGCCUUUGUUCAUGGGUCCAGCCUUAGGCCACACAGACAGAUUCUAACUGGAGAGAAACACUCUGUGUGUGAUGGACGUGGCAGAGCCUUCAGCCAUGGCACAAACCUUGUUCUGCAUUGGAUGAUUCAAGCUGGUGAGAAAUCCUUUGGGUGUAAUGAAUGUGGAAAACCUCCCACCUCACAGCCCAUUGAACAUCAGAAAAUUCAUGCUAGGCAGAAGCCCUAUAAGUGUCAUGGGUGUGGAAAAGCCUUCAGUCAGGGUGCAACCCUUAUUGAAUGUCAGGUAACUCACACCAGUGCAAGACCUUAUCAUUGUCCCUCAGCCAGAGCUUACAACUCACCCCGCAUUAUCGAACUCAUGUGGGAGAGAAACCUCCUUUAAAUGAUGAAUCUGAAAGAUACUUUAUUCAUAUCAAAAAGGUUUUCCAAAAAAGACAUUUUUAAUGUGAUAAAUGUGGGAAACAAUUUAGCAAUUGUUCAUUUUAUGUUGGAUAGGAUGGCAUCAUGAAAGUCAAAUAAGAAGGUCUAAAUAUUACUAGCAAAGCUAACAAUUCAGAUGACUAUUAAGUCAUUAAAUUCCAAAGUAAACGUAAUAGAAUUCAUUCUGGAAAGUGACAGUGUCUGUGCAGAGGUUACUGUUGUGCUAGAAGGUGACCUCUGUGCUCAAGUUGCCACCAGGAACUGAUGGUGAAUGAACGGAGGCCAUGAAAAUUGAGCUCGCUCAGUUCUGUGUCAACCCAACCUGAUGUAUUCUGCUCAGCUCUGCUUUCCUGCCUAAGCCCAGGCUUGUGGCUGAGAUUGUCUAGUUUCAGUCCUACACACCUGCUUCCACGUGAGCACAGAGAACCUUGCCCCUUGGGCACAUUCAAGCCGUAUUUCCCACCGUCAGGAUGGUCUGGCUCAUCCCCCAACCACCCCACAGAGGAACUGCAGGUCGGAGUCCCUUCCUUGCAUGGAACCCCAGUGUUGCAUUUGUGAAACCAAGUUUGUUUAUUUUUUUCAUCCUAAAGAGCUCUACGGUUCAGCCAAAGAGGGUACCUCGGGGGCCAGCAAGGCAGGGGGCUGGCAAGUAGCUUUACUUUUGAAAAUUCUUAUUAAGAAGUCAGGUUUUUUGAGGUAUAAUUUUCAUACAAUAAAAUUCACCCUUUUUAAUGUACA